AUGUCGAAACGCAAGGAUCCAAACAAGCCCAAAGGAAAGUUGAGCGCCUACAAUUGUUUUGUUAGGGAGGAAAGAGAAGCUAUGAAGAAAUCAGAAGCAGAAGCGCCUGCCAACGACGCCGAAAUCCAAGAAAAAACACCGGGAACUAUGGCACAGCAAGUGUUUAUGGUAGCCUGUGCUGAGAAGUGGAAGAAGCUAAGCGAAGAGGAAAGGCAACGUUUUAAAGAGGCUGCAGAGAAGGACAAGAUAAGGUACGAGAACGAAAUGGCAAACUAUACACCGCCGAAGACCGAAGCUAGUGGAAGGAAGACUCGAAAAGAGAAGAAGAUGAAAGACCCGAAUGAACCUAAGAGAGUAGUGUCUUCCUUCAUGUUCUUCAGCAAAGACAUACGCGCCAAAAUGAAAGAAGAAAAUCCACAGACGGCAGUUUCUGCCAAGGUGCUGGGAGAGAUGUGGGCGAAAAUGGAGGAGAAACAGAAAGAAAAGUACGAACAAAUGGCAAAAGAAGAUCGAGAAAGAUAUCACGAGGAGAUGAGAGCUUUUAGGAAAGGGGACUAUGUAGUUCCUAGUACAAGUCAAGUGGCAAUGGAAGCAGAAGAAUGAUCAACAACCUGCUGGAAAUAUAUUUUCUUGCAGUGUUACUCAAGCGCGUCGUUGUUUUAGGAAUAUUUUUAACGACUGAGGACAAUUAAGACUCG